AUGGCUACAGGUGGAAAUAUUGAUCUACAACAAUCUACACGUGUUUCGGAUAUUGUCAAUGAACCGCAAGACAUGCUCGUGCCAAUUCGAGGGUACGAAAACAUGCCAAUAGUAUCCUUAGAGAAAGCUGUUACACCACUCAUUUUGAUUUUACCUGAAAUUCAAGAUUAUGCUUAUGUUGCAAAACGACGAUGUAAAUCCGUACCUCCCGAUGGUUUAACACAGGAUGAAUCAGCUGCGCUCACGCUUUACUCCAUGGAGUGGACACCACAUGACAAAUGCCUAUAUUUUGUCCUCAAUGCAACUCUUCGCACUGAAGACAGGCGAAAAUUAAAACCAUGGUUUUCGUAUUUGAAACUUAUUCUUACGGCUCUCGAAAAAUUACCAUCCAUACGAUGCCAUGUGUUUCGUGGAGUGAAUUUAGAUCUAACCAAUCUAUAUACUCAAGGAAAAACAUUUAUCUGGUGGGGAUUUUCUUCAUGUACAACAUCGCUAGAAGUACUCGAAAAUAAACAAUUUUUAGACAAAACUGACCAAAGAACAUUGUUUACUAUCGAAUGUGAUAGUGGCAAAGAUAUCAGUCGUCAUUCAUAUUAUCAAUCGGAAAAUGAAGUUCUUCUUCUACCUGCUCGACAAUUUUUUGUAGUAGGAUGUCUUCAAUUAGCACCAGACCUUCAUACGAUUCAGUUAAAAGAAACAAAGGCUCCAAUUACUCUUUUACAACCAGUUAUGAAUCAAUCUGUGCAAAUUAAUCCAAUACCGAAUAGUACAGCGACUAAAUCAAAGAAUCCAAUAACAAAAUUCCGUAAAAUACUAACUCGAUCACGAUCACAAUCACAAAUACAACAAAAUCCUUCUCCAUCAAAUCAUACUGUACCCAGUACACCGACUAUACCAAAUGCGGUUCCAUUAAAAGCAGAUCAAAUAUUAACUCCAUCUCAAACAAAUCAAGUACCAACUCAAUCUCAAAUGAAACCAAAUGUAAGAGAAGAAGAAUAUGCGUAUGGGUAUGAAUAUUCUUCUCAUACACCGAUACUCAUACCCACACCCAAAUUCUCAUCAUCAUCAUCAUCAUCAUUCAAAUCAUCAAACUCAUCAUCAUCAUCAUCAUUCAAAUCAUCAAACUCAUCAUCAUCAUCAUAUCAGUGUCAAACAGAAUCAACAGUUGGUGGUGCAUCAGCUGGCCGUAUAUAUUUUCGAGCAUCGAAUGUAUCAACAAGCCAAAUGACUGAACAAUCGGCACAAGGUGAUAUUGCUUUUGAGAGGAUAGAUCCACAACGUGAUUUUAUCGCCAUUAAGAAUGCUGCUGCAAUAUGCAAUGAUCAAGCUAUGAAAAAUUGGACUAUACGUCGUAAGAUCGAUUUCAAAGAAGAUAUUGUUUAUAGAUUUCCAGACAAUUUUGUACUUCAAUCAGGAUCACGUAUUUGUAUUUUCAGUCGAUAUGGAAGUAUAGGUUUAGUUAAUCAAAAAGAAGCCUUAGUAGCUGAUAAUAUUCCAACAUGGGGUACGGGUUCUCAUAUGGUUACACGACUUCUUGAUGCAAAUGGACAUGAAAAUGCUUUUUACGAUGAAAAAUUCCAAUAA